GGCCCAUGUGGAGGAUGUGAGGAUGCGCGAGCGUCUGCUGUGGGACGAGCCGCUGCAGAUCUCCUGGCUGAUGGAGGCCGAGCCGUUCACCUCCUCCCUCCAGACGGGGGUUCCUGUGGCGGGCGCCAGCAUGACCCUGGAGCAGAAGACCACCUUUGCCUUCGUCAUCUUCCUCUUUGUCUUCCUCUGCAUGCUGAUCGUGCGCUGCUUCCGCAUCCUGCUGGACCCCUACCGCAGCAUGCCCACCUCCACCUGGGCCGACGGUCUGGACGGACUCGAGAAGGGCCAGUUUGAUUACACGCUGGCAUAGAGACACACACUGACUCACACACACACACACUCCCGCAGAGCGCUGGACAUCCUGAAGUCAUGCACAAACACGUGUAGAAAUACAUCAAAU